AUGGUCCUUCAUCAAUUAGCAGCUACCGUCAAAUUGCCUGACGUUGAAUUUGUGUUGAAUGUGGGGGACUGGCCUCUUGUGGGGAAAUCUUGGGGUGAAGAGAGAAUUCCGGUCUUCUCGUGGUGUGGCUCCAACGAUUCUUUUGACAUGGUUCUUCCGCAGUGGGACGUUUCGCGCUCGACAAUCUUGGGUAACAGCGACUCAAAUCCGGAUCUUCUGGCAUCUCAGGGCUGGGGCCUGAGUGCUUGGGAAUCUCGAGAUCCCCGAGCGGCAUUUCGAGGACGCGAUAGCAACCCCGUUCGCGUCAAACUGGCACAGUUGUCUGCGCUUCAUCCAAAUCUGCUGGAUGUAGCCAUCACCAGCUGGGAGAACGACGAGAAUUUCGAAGCGGAAGAGCAGCUCGGUGGAGGCAGCAAGAAGUUUAUCAAGCUCCCCGAGUUCCCCAAGUACAAAUAUAUUCUCCAGCUUGAUGGCACAGUAGCUGCCUACAGAAACCCGUACCUGAUUGCCAGUGGAAGUUUGCUGAUGAAACAAGACAGUGUUUUUUACGAGUGGUACCAAAGGGAGCUUUCCCCUUGGGAGCAUUACGUGCCAUUCGAUGGUACCGGAGAGGACUUGCUUUCGAAGCUGCAAUGGGCAAAAGAGCAUGAUAUGGAGGCACAAAGGAUAGCAGCCAAUGAAAGUUAUGCAAAAAGACAAAUAGGAACCCCCAAUAUUAAGGAGGACAUGAUAUGGGUCCCCCCGCAUCAGCUGCCAAAAUACAAUACGUGCGGCUCCCCAGACCCUCAGUCACUAUUGGGUGAUUAUCCGGUGGUGCCUCUUCACCCGUCCUCAGAAGAGGCAAUUCUGUCCCAGGCAGACAAAACUUUUACGGUACAGCAUCCGAUUAAGUGGAUUCAAGCCACGAACGGACCGAAACUUUUCUUCCUAAGAGCAAGAUCUAGCAACCCCGAGCAACUUGAUGGGCAGCUCACUGUGACGGCAGCUGUAUCGUUCAUCAACUCAAAGCUUCAAAAUGUGCAGCACCACAUUAGGGCUCCGCCCGAACUGGAGCAAGUUGUUUCGGAUCCUAUCCCAGAAAAGAACGAUGGACCAGUGAAGCAGAUAGUCGCGAGCACGUUUGAAAAGCACGUGUUGAGUCCAGACAAGGACGUGCUUCUCAUGGUGUCAGCCCCAUGGUGCGGUUACUGCAAGAAGAUAAGGCCAGCGUUUUUCCGCUUUGCUCGGGCAGCUGCUGCGGACCCAGCGGCAGCCGCCGCGCUGGAUGUCGCAAAGAUGAAUGGCCCCACAAAUGAAAUUAGACAUCCCGGAUUUACCAUUACACACUACCCAACGAUUUGGUUUAUCCGAAAGGGAGAAACCGAGCCCAUAAUUUUCUCUGGGAGCUCUACAGAGGAGGGCUUUUUAACGUUUGUAAAGAAGCACGCAACGGAACCUGCUGAGUUAGAGGGAAUCGUCACACCACCAAAAGCUGCCACUCGCUCAAACCUUUCCAUGAAGUAUCUCCAAAGCCAGACCGGUUCUCCUAUUCUUAGCAUUGAUUCCGACGGCUUCUACGAAAACGUCCUUGACAGCGAAAAGGUACUAUCGAUGCUCUAG